AAAAAAACAAAACAAUAAUCAAAAUGGGUCUUUUAGAAGAUAGUACUCCAAGAUGUGAAGGUAUGGGUUUGAUCAUCCUCAUCCUCAACUUCCUCUUCCCAGGUUUCGGUACCAUCAUUGCUGCUUUCGUCACCAGUGAAAAGGAAAAGAUGACCUCAACCUUGAUUGUUGGUAUCCUCCAAUUGGUUUUGGCUUCAUUGUGUAUUGGUUGGUUGUGGGCUAUCUGGUGGGGUUACAAGAUUAUGCAAGUUUCUGCUUAAAUCUUUUUUAAUUUCCAAUAAUAAAUAAUACAACUCACUUGU